AUGAAACCAUCAAGAGUGCUGCUAAACAGUAAUUGUCUUUUGAGGAUAAAAGAUGCCAUCUUCAGAAUCGACAAUUCUUCUAAUUCACUGUUGAUUUUCUCCAAGCCAGUAUCUCACUUCGAAAUAUAUAAACCCAACCAGGCUAAUAAACCUUCGUUCUGGUCGGUAUCAGGACCUGAAAAGUCUCGUUUCUUGUCCAUAGUCGCAGGAAGGUACAUUCCUUCGCCGCCAUUAUCUCGUUCGUACCCCUUUCUUUCAGAGACUUUCGAAUAUCUGAAAAUUCAGUUUCUCGACUUCAGAGACAGCUCCGGUCUUGACAAGGUUCACUUGUCCGCUCGUUACGAGACGUAUUCAUAUAGAGGAGAGGUGGAAAUGUCAGACGAUGUCAAUUCUGUGAGAAACUACAUUACGGGAGCUAACAACUAUAACAAGGAUACCAGUGAAAUAACGUCUGAUUAUGUCGACAAAUUGAUCAAUUUGUUCAAUUUGGACCAUCUCUCACAUAAGUGGAUUAACUCGUUAAGUAAUGGACAGAUGAGAAGAGCCAGGAUUGCCAAAUCUCUAGUUUCGAAACCUAGUUUACUAAUCAUAGACGAUCCAUUCUUGGGGUUAGAUCCUGGAGCCACGGAGAUGGUCUCUGACUCCUUGAAUAGAGUCAGCCAAUUAUUGGGAGCGAGUGUCGUCCUAGGAUUGAGAGUACAAGAUGAUAUCCCGAAUUGGAUAAAUAGCAUAGCCUAUGUAGACGAGACGGGUUUGAAAGUGAGUGGGCCAAAAGAAGAGACUUUGCAACAGCUACACGAGGAAACUAGUCAAUUAGAUAUAACCCAUGCUGACCAUGAAAAACGCCAUACUAAGCAUCAGAAUCCAGUUGAAAUUUCCAAUGAAGAGUUGUUUGAAGGAAGCACUAUUCCUGCUCACAUAGAGUUCAACAAUGCUUCAGUAUCGUAUAGGGGAUUGAAGAUUCUUGACAAUUUUAAGUGGAAAAUUCCACGAAGAUCUAAAUGGAGGAUCCUUGGAGAUAAUGGAACAGGUAAGACUACUCUUCUUUCGUUUAUCACCGCUGACCACCCACAGUCCUGGAGAUCUGUGUUGACCAUUGAUGGUGUGGUGCGUAAGACUGGUAAUGGAGUGACUUUCUUUGAGGUGAACAAUAAAAUUGGACUAUCCUCUCCCGAGUUACAUGCACUUGUCCCUCAACAUACACGUACUAUGAGAGACAUCAUCUUGAAUGGAAUUGUAAAAGAUGUGGGUAAUUCCAACUUCUUGUUCAGAGGGAAAGAAGAGAAUUUGACCAACUUCGCCAGAGGUAUAUUAGCGUUAUUUGCUGAUAGGCUAGAAGCCAACGGAAACAAAAAAUUCACUGACCUCUCAAUGACUGACCAGAAAUUGACGUUGUUCCUCAGAGCAAUUAUCAAAAACCCAGACCUUCUUAUUCUUGAUGAAGCAUUCUCUACUAUGGAUGAUGAAGACGUCAUGAUCAGAUGCCACGACGUGAUUGAAAAUCACUUGCCAAACACAACAGUUUUGGCAAUUGGACACAUCGAUUGGGAAGUGCCUCGUUGUGACUACUUGUUGAAGUUGAUAGGUGAUGAAGAGAGAAACUACAAGGUGUACAAGUAUACAUAG